UUUUAAUUUUUGUACUGGAGAAAGCUUGAACUAGAAUUUUUUGCAACAACACAAAAUACACAAAAAUAAUGAUUUUCCUCAAUAAUUAGACGAAAAGUGUUUCCUUACUUCAAUAAUGAACUACGAGACUAGACGAAACGAAAAAUUACAAGUUUGGAACUGUCCAAAGGCCCCAAAGGCCACAAUAUAACCUCUUGACCUGCAGUCUUAUUUUUAAAGAAAUUUGGAAUGCCUGAGCAAAGUAAUGACUAUCGUGUCGUUGUCUUCGGUGCUGGAGGUGUGGGAAAGAGUUCUUUGGUUCUCAGGUUUGUUAAAGGCACUUUUAGGGAAAGCUACAUACCCACCAUUGAGGACACAUAUCGACAAGUUAUUAGUUGCAACAAAAACAUAUGUACUCUACAAAUCACUGAUACAACGGGCUCACACCAAUUCCCAGCAAUGCAGCGGCUGUCCAUAAGUAAAGGUCAUGCAUUUAUUUUGGUUUACUCUGUAUGCAGCCGUCAAAGUUUGGAAGAACUAAAACCCAUAUAUGAAGUAAUAAAGGAACUGAAAGGACCAGACUUGGGUCAAAUUCCGAUCAUGCUUACUGGAAAUAAAUGUGAUGAAAGUGCAGAAUUACGAGAGGUUUCAACAUCUGAAGGACAAGCACAAGCUGCUGAAUGGGGGGUCAGUUUCAUGGAAACAUCAGCGAAAACGAAUCACAACGUAAAACAGUUAUUUCAAGAAUUGCUGAAUCUUGAGAAGUCACGCAAUGUCAGCCUUAAUGUGGGAGGUAAAGCCAAUAGUCGUGUGGCCAAGGAUAAAUGUGAGGUUAUGUAAAAUAGUUUAGAAUUCAUACAAUUAACUUAGAUUUUUUUUUGUUCUUUCUGGGAAAUAGUAUGUAUGAGCCCGGAAAGUAUUGUUUUUCGGGUGAGUAGACGGAACUGGCAUUCUGAAUUUGAAAAAUACACUUUCUGGGUAUUGAUAUAUUGUGUACUUAAGUAGGUACACCGUUUUUUCGACAAUAGUUCAUUUGUGUUUUGAUACACAGUACUCAUGAAAUUAGCUGAUUUGAAUUAAAACAAAAAUUGUCUAUGGUAGAAUUAUUAGCCUCUAGAGAAUUUUAAACAAUUUUUAUGUUAUUCAAGGUAUAAAAAAGGCAAUGCAAACCUUGAUGUUGCUAUAGUAAUUCCAGAAGUUUCUCCACAAUGAUAUCUCUGGACGUAUUUGGCUUGAAGAGUUUCUCAACCAACUUCUAUAAGUAUGUGGCUCUUCCAUCCCCUAUAGAACUCAAUGCAAUAACUAUUGUUUUUACACUCAUAUAGAAGUGCCAAAAAGAUUUUUUUCUACGCAAGGGUCAACAUGCUGUAGCUAAUCAAUGGUUUCUGUCUCCUCAAUGACAAAAAUAUUGCAGUUUCAAAUAUUUUAGAAUCUAAACCUUCAUGAGAAAAUAAAAGUUAAACAAUUGAUGGAAAAUAUUUUUUAUGAAUUGUACUACAUUUUAUUCUUGUUUUGAAAUUAGACAUUUUUUGUUAAUAAAUCAAAUUCAGAAAACAUCAGGCAACAAGGUUUCCUCAACAUAUGAAAUGCCAUAUCUGUUUUUUGACUAAUUACAGCUGGAAAUAUUUUUGGAAAUAGAAAAUUACCACCUUUUGACCAAAAAAACUGCAUUUUCUUAUAAAAUUAUUCACAGUAUUCAAUAUUUUUAGAACUUUUAGUAGCUUUAUAUUGAUAGGCUCCCUAUUUUUGAUAGAAACUCGACACAUUUUAGUGUUGUUGAAAUUCGAAAUGUUUUGUGUGAAAAAAAUAAGAUUACAAUAUUCAACAUUCCCUUUUUUCAUUCCAUGUCACCAAUAAUACCAUAUCAAUAAAAAUUCUAGAUUCUAGAUAUGAAAUAAAUAACGUGUAGGAUAAUAAAACCCAUAAUGUUAAUAAAUUAAUAUAUGUGAAAGUGCUUCAUAGAUUUUUCACAUCUCUAGUCUUGUUAUUCCUCGGGUUAUUCCAACUUGGUGGCAAGUGUUUCCCAAAAAUUUUAAUAGAAUCCAAACAACUCAUUUUUUCCGUAAAGUAAUUUUUACUAUUCAGAAAUAUUUAAAAAUAUAAUUCUGUAUAACAGUGGAGCACUUUUAGAUCUUUUUCACAUUAUUUUUAAAUACAUUUAUAGAUUGUUAGAUAUUUUUGUCCUUAAAUUUAAAUUUUAUAUUCCUUCUAUUUUCUAGAUCAAAAAACUGUAGGUUAAGUGGACCACAUUGUUUAAAUUAAAUUAGUAGUUUCUUUUAUAUAAAGUACAUUUCCAGAAAGAACUUUUAAAAUAUUAGACUGGGUGCUAUACGCAAAUAUUGUUAGCGUUAUUUAAAUUUUGCAAUAUUAGUAUACAAUAUUUGCUCGCCAUUUGCCAGUUUUUAUUGAACUAAAAUAUUGCAAGUUUAAAAAUAUUUGUUAUAUUCACGCUUUAUAGUGUUCACUAUAUGAACUGCAAUUGUGAUCCAAUUUAUAACGUAUUUAUGCAACGAAAUAUGGUAAAAUAUUAAAUAUAAAUGAAACAUAGAAACAUUUAGAUAUUUUUGUGGUAUAUCCAUUAAAGACAUCACUAUUAGAUCUGUUUUUAUUGUAUUUUAACUUAACACAAAAUCACCCAAAAAUAAGAAGAAUGAUCUUGUAUGGAUAUGCUCAAAACCUUAUAAACAUUUAAAUAUAAUAAAUUUUUGCUCUCUAGAUGCUGUUAUUCAAAUACUUGCUCGAAGGACCAUUGAAAUAAUCAGUUACGUAUUUCAAACUUGAACACUGCUAGAAGCAAAAAAUAAUGUACUAAAAGACACGUGUUUUAUUAUUUAUUAAGUGAUUGCUGUUAUUUCAAAUGGUCCUUUAGAAAAAAUUUUUUUGCUCUACGAACACUUUUAGUCAAAACUCAAAACGAUUUUUUAAAUAGUUUUUUUUUUAAUGACUGCUGAGUUCUUAUAAAAGUUGUUAUUAUAUAGUGAACUUAUGGAACAAAAUUUGUAUACUUGUAGAUAAUUUACCUACUGUUUACUCAAAUUUAUCUUUAAAUUUAUUAAACAUUAU